GACGGUCCCGGGUGUUCCGUGUGCCACCGUCGCCGCCUCGGCCUUGCUGCUUCUGCCACUCCGGGGCUGCAUUGCCGGCGUUAGCCGCGCGAGGGGAAGACGGGGUACGAGGAACGUGCGUGCACGGGGGUCCCCAUAGUCCCAGCAGUUCCCCUCGCGCGGGGUAGGUGGCGGGGGUCAGCAGCAGGCAGGGGAGGCCCUAGGCGGCGCCAUGUCGGCAGGCGGCCCAUGCCCGGCGGGGGCCGGUGGAGGUUCGGGAGGCGCCUCCUGCGCGGUGGGAGUCUCCCCCGGUGGAGUAUCCAUGUUCCGGUGGCUAGAGGUGCUGGAGAAGGAGUUCGAUAAGGCCUUCGUGGAUGUGGAUCUGCUCCUGGGCGAGAUCGAUCCGGACCAGGCGGACAUCACUUAUGAGGGGCGACAGAAGAUGACCAGCCUGAGCUCCUGCUUUGCGCAGCUUUGCCAUAAAGCCCAGACUGUGUCCCAAAUCAACCACAAGCUAGAGGCACAGUUGGUAGAUCUGAAAUCUGAACUGACAGAGACCCAAGCGGAGAAAGUUGUGUUGGAAAAAGAAGUACAUGAGCAGCUUUUACAGUUGCAUUCUGUUCAGCUUCAGCUUCAUGCUAAAACUGGUCAAAGUGUGGACUCUGGUACCAUUAAGGCGAAAUUGUCUGUCCCCUCUGUGGAGGAGCUGGAGAGGGAGCUUGAAGCAAACAAAAAAGAAAAAAUGAAAGAAGCUCAACUUGAAGCUGAAGUAAAAUUGUUGAGAAAAGAGAAUGAAGCCCUUCGUAGACAUAUAGCUGUUCUCCAGGCUGAAGUUUAUGGGGCUAGACUGGCUGCCAAGUACUUGGAUAAGGAACUGGCAGGAAGGGUCCAACAAAUACAGUUACUAGGACGAGAUAUGAAAGGACCUGCUCAUGAUAAGCUUUGGAACCAAUUAGAAGCUGAAAUACAUUUGCAUCGUCACAAAACUGUUAUCCGAGCCUGCAGAGGACGUAAUGACCUGAAACGACCACUACAAGCACCACCAGGCCACGAUCAAGACUCCUUAAAGAAAAGCCAAGGUGUUGGUCCAAUUAGAAAAGUUCUCCUCCUUAAGGAAGAUCAUGAAGGCCUUGGCAUUUCAAUUACAGGUGGGAAAGAACAUGGUGUUCCAAUCCUCAUCUCUGAGAUCCACCCAGGGCAACCUGCUGAUAGAUGCGGAGGUCUGCACGUUGGGGAUGCUAUUCUGGCAGUCAAUGGAGUUAACUUAAGAGACACAAAGCACAAAGAAGCUGUAACCAUUCUUUCCCAGCAGAGAGGAGAGAUUGAAUUUGAAGUAGUUUAUGUGGCUCCUGAGGUGGAUUCUGAUGAUGAAAAUGUAGAGUAUGAAGAUGAGAGUGGACAUCGUUACCGUUUGUACCUUGAUGAGUUAGAGGGAGGUGGUAAUCCUGGUGCUAGUUGCAAAGACACAAGUGGGGAAAUCAAAGUGUUACAAGGAUUUAAUAAGAAGGCAGUAACUGAUGCACAUGAAAAUGGAGACCUGGGAACUUCAAGCGAAACUCCCCUAGAUGACAGCGAUUCUAAAUUAGAUGAUCUGCACAGUCUGUAUCAUAAAAAUUCUUAUUAAAUUGACUGUAUCUCCAAACAAGAUUGUUAAUCAGACUGUUCUGAAUUGGGGGCACUAGGGGAGAUGGUGGCAAAGACUAUACAAGCUCAAGGGAGGCUGUUUGUUGCCUAAAAGAAAGCUGGUACCUCAGGGCUUCAUGGGAACAAUUAAUUCUAAAUGCAUAAAACCCCGUUUUCUGUAGUAUACCAUAAUCAACUAUUGCAUGUAAAGCAAUUUUGAUUUUCCUAAAAUUGUAAGCACCAAAGCAUGUGUUUCCCAAAAGGAUAUUACUAGGUUCUUAAGUACCCAAUGAAGCACUGCUGUUUUAUUUGGUUCCUUUUCCAUUGAGUAGAAGGACACUGUAAACUGAAAUUUUAUAAGAAAUAACCUUUAAAUACAAGAGAGUAAAUGAGAUCAUAUGAUAUAUUACAGAACGUUAAAUGUGAUGUUUCAGAGGGCAGAAAUUGACUCAGUGUGAAUUGCAGAAAAUAUAGGUUUGACUUAAUUUUUUUUAACUGAAAUAACUUUUUUUUUUUUAAUUUACCGUGCAUCCUGAUAUCUAAAUCAAUUCUUUACGGUCGUUUAUUGUAAUGAGUUUUCCUUUCAGCUGUAUUCACUGCAGUACAAAUAGUUUUCUUUAAGCAAUCCUAUAUCAAUCAAUGCUGCACUAGAAAUAGUUUCUGAAAAGUUCUUUUACAUUUUAGAUCUUUUUUAAAAGAAAUGCAGGCGAGUGUGAAAUAUCUGUCCUCAAUUAUGUUGAUCUGUAUACAUGGUACUAGAGCAUUACACUAUUAAUAUUUAGUCUCAGAUGCCUAUUUUCUGGGAUCCGCGAAAGAAAGUUUUGUACGUUUUGGGUUGUUCGUAAAGUUUGUCUUGUGUUUAUCUUGUUGGCACUUAAAGAUAAAUUUUCCUGGCAAGGAAAUCUCAGAUUUAUUACUACGUCCCAAAUACACUGUAUUCAACAGCAGUUUUCUCUUAAAGUAACUGAUUUGUCAAUUAUUUAAAAAGCUGGGGGCAAAAGUGGGCAGGAUGAGGUGAGGAAAUUUUGAUAAAGUAAUUGUUUUGGUUGGCUUUUCAUGUCAUUAUAUAGUUGACUAAAGCACCCUUCAUAUGCAAACUCUCCGAAUUUGCUAGUUUUCCUAUCCCAGGAUUAAGCAUGGAGUGCUUGCUCUCUUAUUUACUGUUCUGCAGGCCACUGUACCCUGCUGGGCAAAGUCACAGUGUUGCAUUUAAAGAGGUGAUAGUUUUGCCAGUAUCACUGUUUUAAAGGAUAUACAUUUAAGGGAUUUUAAGUGGGAAAAAGCCUAAAAGACUUUUAGAGCAUUAUCAGUAUCUUCCAUUUCUAAUAUUCAGAUGUUAUGUGAUAUAAAACACAUUUUCUUGUCUUUCCCAGAUGCACUAUAUAUUUGUUCAUAGAUAAAUCUAUAAAAUGUAUAUACUUUAUUUGGUGAUUUAGCUAUUUAUAAAUUUUAUGUUUUAACUAUUGCUCAUCUGUGGUUUGUUUUGAGUGGUUUUAUCUGUAUAUCACCAUGUUAAUUUGUAAUAGAAGUACACUUCAUAGUGUAUAUUGUUACUGAUAUUAAAAUACUUUGUAGCAUAAUGCCUCUAAGCAAAAGCUAGUAUUUAAUUGUACAGCUGAAUAUCAAGUCACAUGUUAUUGUUUGCUCUGACAGGCUAGGCCUCUUAAAAGAAGAAAAAAAUUGUCCUCAUGCAUUCUCCCUACCCCUACACAUACUGCCAUGCAUGAUCUUCACAUUGGAUAUUAGUGUAUUCAUUUACAGAAAAAAUUUCUGUUGUGGCAGAUCUGAAAGCUUUUUUUGCUGUGAUGUGAAUCCAUGGUAUUCUUAAGUUCAAAAAACAUAGCCUGGGAUGGGAUGACCAUCACAUUUUUUUCCAGAGAAUAUUCUUUAUGAACUAUGACUGAAACCUUAGGAAAUAAAACCAUAUAAUGAGUCUAUGAAGAGUUUUUUUGGAGGCUUGAAUUGACGUUUUUGUGAGAAUGCUGUGUAAUUUGAAAGAUGGUAUGAAAUGCUUGUGAUACAAAUUUCUUUCAGGGGCUGAUAAACAGAAUGAAAAAUUUUCCAAGUCGCUUAAAAUCCCACAGGUCAGAUCCCUUUUCAUUCCUGCUUCUCCUGGGCUUGUCAGCCUAUAUUGGAGCACUGUUGGUCAGGUACUGCUGUGAGCUUUCUGUCAGAUGUUUUAGAAAGUACCUGGUUAAAAGUUCAUUUUAGAAUGUAUGGCCUUUCGGGGAUGAACUAACUGUUGUAGACUUUUUCCCCAGAGGAUGGGUUAAGAAGUUUUUAUAUUUCACACAUGUAAGAAAGAAACUUAAAUAUAACACUCAGGCUUCUAGAACAAAACCAAACAGGUAAGGAGAAAACUAUUACAAAGCCAUUACAAUUAAAAAAGAAAAGAAAAGAAAAAUACACACAUGCACACACACAAACAGAAUAGUUGAGAAAAAAUUUUCAAUAGAAUGUAAGAGUUGCAGGUAUGUGUGUAUAUAUUUACACCUUGACCUCUAAAGUUUUCUUCUACAGUAUCUCUGUUAUGAAUUUGAUGAAAAAGUGUUAUUUGGGUUAUGGGAAUAUUGUUAAAGUAGAUUUAAGAGAGAUGAAAAUUUUGUGACUCUUGGUAAUUAUAACUGAAGAGUUGUCAAAAGUUGCCACAGCUUAUCCUUGGUGCUGUUUUUUUUCCCAACCACAGUGGACUUUUUUUGUUUUGUUUUGUUUUUAUAUUUAGAAACAAAAAGGUAUAUUGACUCAUGUAUUUGAACAUUAUUUGACAUCCUUUUUUAUUAUGUAGUUGACUAUUCUACCUGUCUAGUCUUCCACUUAGGGUUGGCCUCAAAUCUAUAGGACUUAUGACAAAUGUAUAUCUGCUUAGGUUGAGUUUAAUAUUUUUUUAUUAACCUGUAAAUAAAGAUUGCAUCUUCUACAUUAAAAUGAUACUGAUCUCAUUUUUAAAAAAAUAAACAUUUUAUGUUUCUUUCA